AUGGAGCUGCAAGAGCUCCUUAUACACGAAGGCGUUGCCUCCUUGCUGCAGGAGCAUGCAGUGGACUUUGCUGCUGCUGGCAGCAGCAGCAGCAGCAGCAGCAGCAGCAGCAACAGGAACACAGAAGGCUGCAACUGCGCACACUGUAAGACAGCAGCAGCAGCAACAGAUAAGGUAAGAAGCAAAAUCCCCCGCUGCUGCGUUGUUGUCCUUGCUGGUGUUAUUGAGGACGCAGCAACAGCAGCAACAAAACAGCAACUGCAGCAGCAGCAACAGCAGCAGAAACAGCAACAGCAGCAGCAGCAGCAGAGACAGCAGCAGCAGCAAAAAGGCAACAGGGCAACCAUUGUCUCGUGCUUUAAGCUAUGCGAAUUCUCUGCAGCCAUUGAGGCAGACGCACGGAAACAGCAGCAACAGCAGCAGCAGCAACAGCAGCAGCAGCAGCAGCAGCAGAAGCCACAGUUGCUGCUGCAGUCUCUUCCUUCUGCUGCAGCAAAAUAUAAUUUGCUGCUGCGCCGAGACCUACGGAGUGUACGCGCAGCUCUCCCUAUAGGUGUGGAUAUCUUAGGUGUAUGGACACCUGCACAGCAGCAGCAGCAGCAGCAGCAAGGGGAGAAACAAGGAGAGCAGAAGAAAGAUGAGACAGAAGAACAGAAGCAGCAGCAGCAACAGCAGCAACAACAACAGCAGCAGCUGCUGCUGCAGCAAUUUGCUGCUGAAAUUAACAAAGCCCUAACAGACCCCACAGAUCUGGAUACAGAUGCAGAUACACCCGACUUCUGCUGCAGCAGCAACAGCAGCAGCAGCAGCAGCACGAGGAAUGAUCGUAUUCUAUUUGCUCUUCUCCCUUCCCAGCAGCAGCAGCAGCAGCAGCAGCAACAGCAGCAAGAGCAGCAAACAUCUACAUAUGAACUUGCAGGGAGUUUUACAGCUAUUGAGGUCCAAUCAACGAGGAAAACAGCAGCAGCAGCAGCAGCCUGUGCAGCAGCAGCAGCAGCAGCAGCAGCAGCAACAAGACCCCUGAAGGUACAUGUAGAGGAUGUUCGUUGGCUAUGGCAGCAGCAGAAGAAUUGGCUGCUGCUGCAGUGCCGUCUUCCUAUUGAUUUGCUGCUGUCAGCAGAAGCAACAGCAGAAUGUCUGCAGCAGCAGCAGCAGCAAAUUGCUGCUUGCUGCUGCAGCGGAGGACUGCUGCUACCGUCUGUGUCUCCUGCUGCAGCAGAAGAGCUGCUGCAGCAACUGCAGAUGCAGACACAGCUGCUGCUGCAGCAAGACGCAGUCUUCUUCUGUCUCCCUGGUGGUUCGUGGGUAUCUGCUGCAGCAGCAGCAAGCAGCAGCAGCAGCAGCAUGACAUUAGCUGCAGGUCUUUCUGCUGCUAAAAGAGCAGCAAAACAACAAAGCAGCAGCAGCAGCAGCAGCAGCAGCAGCAGCAGCAGCUUGAGUGACCGCGUCAGCAGCAGCUACGAAGCAACUAGCGGAUGUCUUGAGUAUGCAGCACAAUGCUCUCGGCUGUCACUGCAGCAGCAGCAGCAGCAGCAACAGCAGCAGCAGCAGCAGCAUAAAUUAUUAGAGGAUAUACACAUGCAGAUCCCUGUGUCUCGGCGUCUCAGCAGCAGCACAGCAGCAGCAGUUAGCUCGCAUAUAAUAUGUGCUGCUGCUGCUGCUGCACCUGCUGCAGCAGCAGAUUCUCCUGCGCAGCUAGUAGGUCCUGCUGCUGCAGCAAUAUACCCUGCAGCAACAACAGCAGCAGCAGCAGCAAAAAAAGCAGCAGCAGAAGCAUUAGCAGCAGCAGCAAGUCAGGCACUUAAGGGAGCGAAGGAGCAGCAGCAGCACGACGAGCAGCAACUGCAGCAGACACUUGCUGCACAAAAGAAGGUAGCAGCAGCAGCAGCAGGAACAACCAGCAGCAAAUUGCUGCUGCAGUGUGACGUAUCCGUGCUGCUGCGGAGAGAGACGCAGCAGCAAGCAGCAGCAAACUUGCUGCUUGCUGCGCUGCUGCAGCAGCUGCGUUUUCUUGGUGCUUCUCUGUCGCACAUGGCAGCAGCAGCAGCAACAGCAGCAACAGCAGCAACAGAAGAAGCAGCAACAGCAGCAGCAGCAGCAGCAGCAAGGACACAGGGCUCACUGCAGCAAGGCCCAUUUGCUUCGCAGCCGCUGCUGCUGCACUCCUUGCUGCUAAAAGGAGACACUUCGUUGCUGCUGCUGUCUGUCUCCUUUGCUGCUUUCCUUCCUCCUUCCUUUGCUCUCCCUAUUAGCGCAUGCACAACAGAACUGCCCGCAUUAAGAGUUAGCUGGUUAGACUUUUGCUGCAUGCGCCGGUUGCUGCCUACAUUUGUUGCUCAUUGCGCGCUGCACUGCAGCAGCAGCAGCAUCAGCAGCAGCAGCAGCAGCAGCAGCAACAGCAAGCUCAUAUCGGCCCUCGAGGUAUUCGUAGUAUGGAUGUCUUUGUUGUUAAGGGAAUCAUUGAAUAUUAUCAUUACCUACAAGUAA